UAAUUGAUUUGUUCAGAAAAUUUCUAGAUAUUCCAUAAACGUUUUUCAAAUGAAUGUGUGAAAUCUCUACAAUGGUACAGAAAAAUCUCGAACGGCUACGAACGCGUUUUAUAAUUGACAGUUAGCACCUAUCUAUGGUUUAGAGGCUUUUAUUGGUUCGUUUACUGUGGCCGGUAGUGAAUUGUGCAUAAUCGAUUUUUCGAAAGAUUAGUUGUGAGAAUUAACAAAUAACUAUUCCAUAAUGGGUGACAAAGCCGAACAAAACUGCCCAAUUUGCAGCAAAUCUUUUCCUGCAGGGGAAAUUGAAGCUCACGCAAACAAAUGCAUCUUCUUGAAUUCCGAUACGCCAAAGCGUAAAAGAUCUGUUUCUCCUUCUGAUAGUACAUAUUCUCAUCACAGACAUGAAAGGAAAAAGUCGCCCGCUUUGAAUGGUGACCCCUCUAACAUUCCAUUGACGAAGCAAGUAAUUCCAAGAAAAAUCGAAGAUUUUAUUGGCCAAUCCCAUGUACUUGGAGACUCUACAAUUUUACAUGUAUUACUCAAAAAGGGAGAUAUUCCCAAUAUGAUCAUAUGGGGCCCACCAGGUAGCGGUAAAACAUCUCUUGCUUCCAUAAUCAAACACAUAUGCAGGUCAGAACCAGAAAAGCUGAUUUAUCAUUCUUUGAAUGCUGCUCAGUGUGGUGUUAAAGAUGUUCAAAGCUUGGUUACUACCGCUAGCAAUGAUUCAAAAAAUGGUAAAAAAACUAUUAUUUUCAUGGAUGAGAUCCACAAAUUCAACAAAAAACAACAAGACGUGUUCUUGGGACCAAUUGAACAAGGUGAAAUCACUCUUGUUGGGGCCACAACUGAAAACCCAUCUUUUGAGCUUAACAUGGCGCUGUUAAGCAGAUGCAGACUUGUAGUUUUUGAAAAAUUGUCAAGUAGCGAUGUUAACAAAAUUUUGAAGAAAGCUGCUGAAGUUAUGGGUAUUGAUGUAUUUUCAAAAGGGGAUAAGAAUGAGUUCCAAGAGGAUAGGACUUAUAUUGAAGAAGCUGCUCUAGAAUGGCUUGGGGAUACCUGUAAUGGAGAUGCCAGGAUCGCAUUGAACAACUUUGAAUUGAUACAGAAGUAUUUCAGUCAUGAAGGUAAAGUGAUUACUUAUUAUGAUGUGAAGGAAGGGGUUAAGAAAUCACACCUUGUACAUGACAAAAAAGGAGAUGAACAUUACAAUAUGAUUUCUGCUCUACAUAAGAGUAUCAGGGGCUCUGAUCCUGAUGCAGCUUUAUAUUGGACAACUAGAAUGAUUAUGGGAGGUGAAAACCCUCUAUAUAUAGCCCGUAGACUUAUCAGAGCAGCAAGUGAAGAUAUUGGAGAAGCUGAUCCACAAGCUCUACAACUUGCUGUGUCUACCAUGCAAGGUUGCCAAUUGUUAGGUAUGCCAGAAGCUGAUGUUUUGUUAGCUCAGUGCUCUGUUUACUUGGCUAAAGCACCAAAGAGCAGAAAAAUCGAUACUGCACUUGGAAAAGCUAAAACUUGCAUUGCUGAACAACAGGGCAGCCAACCUACUGUUCCUUUACAUUUAAGAAAUGCUCCAACCAAGUUAAUGAAGGACUUGGGUUAUGGAAAACCUGGAGAUUAUGCUGGUUUCAUGCCUGAAUCUCUAAAAGAAGUCAAAUUUCUUUGAACGUUGAGUCAUGCAGGUUUUAUUCUUUUGAGUUAGAUUUAAUUUUACAUUCAUGGUUCAUGUAUUUGUAUUAAAUAAAUGUGUAUGUGAUUGAAAA